AUGGCUAUUGCUGAGGGUCCUGAUGGCACCGCGGCAUGGAUUGUCGCCUUUGCGGCAUUUGUCAUCAAUUUCAUUAUGGCUGGCAUAUUUCGAGUUGGUGGUAUUCUGUUCGUGGCGAUCAUGGAGAGGUAUGGUACAGACAGAAAAAGUGCCUCGAUGCCUUUUUCAGUCAGAUCGUCAAUCCGAAAUUUAGCCGGUCCUGCUGUUGGCAUUUUAGGGGCAAAAUAUGGAGCUCCUCCUGUAAUUAUUGCUGGAGGAAUAUCUGGUGUCUUAAGUGCUGCAGCGUGUUUCUACGUUAGUAAUGUUACUGGUCUCAUCAUUGUUUGGGGGCUGAUCAAUGGUAUCAGUUCAUCCUUAAUCACAGUUCUUCCUCAAGUCGUGAUCGGCCAAUAUUUCCAGAAGUAUAGAACAACUGCUUCAGGAAUAUCAUAUUCAGGCGCAUGCGUAGCAUCCUUCAUAUUCCCAGUAGUUAUUGAAGAAUCAUUAAGUCACUACGGGUUGGAAGGAACAUUUGUAAUUGUUGCUGCAAUAAUAAUGAACACCAUUCCAGCAGCAAUGAUUCUUAAGAAACCUCCUUGGUUAGAGGAAGAUUCAGUCAAAAAUAAAAAUCUGAACUUAAAGGUAUCUGUUUCUGAAAAAGCCACCAAUGGUUCAACAGAUCAAAAAACGUUCGUGGAUUUGAAAAUAAAAUAUUUCAACGACCAAAUAUAUGAAAAUAUAAACUUCAGUGAGCAGUUGAAGUUUUUAAUAAGGGACAUAAACGUUUCAUACUUGAUUGAAAACGAAGACUUAAUGCGUCAAUUGUUGACGAUGAAAGUUUGUAGUAAAACAACAAAAAAAUUAGAAGACGAACCAGACGAUGAAUAUUUUUCGAAUUCUUAUAGGACAACAGCAAUAGAUCAUUUAUUGACACUGAUUCAGAGCAAUGGCUUGGACAGAGGAACCCUCCAAUCUAAUACUUCGACUUUAGUGCCAGCAUUAAAAGAAAAUGAAAAUGGUCACUGUUUAACAACUAAUCUAAAAGAAUCGCAGUUCAAAUUUAAUGUAUGCCAUAAAAAGGCCUAUGGUGCUCAAGACAAAACCGAGUAUAAUCUCAACACAAUAACAACUAAUAAGGUACCUUAUUCUAAUGUUAGAUACAACGAAAUUGUUAUUGAACUGCUCGAGCAAGUGUGCACAAAAAAUGAAAGCGAAAUAGCCGAAAACUUCUCUAGUGCGGACAAAAAGAGAAUUUUAAAAACUUGCGAAGAAUUAAGAAAACUCUAUAACGCAUGUGUAAAUCUCGCUAACAAAGGGUCGGUUCCAGAGGCGAAGCUUACUGCGCCUGGAAACCCUAUCCCAGAAAAAAACAAAUGUGAUACUUCAAAAAAAUCAUCUUUUUACCAUUUCAAAACAGCCUUAAAAUUAUACACAAAACCAAUAUAUCUGCUAAUAUGUUUCAGUAGAAUGAUAUUUUUCGUUACAUUCUCCUCCGUGGUGACAACCAUUGUGGAUUUUGCUAUGGACAAAGGUCUACCAGAGGAAGAUGGUAAAUUUAUAAUCGCUGCCAUAGCCUUUGGAGAUUUGUUGGGACGCAUGUGUACUGGCUGGAUCACUGAUCGGGGAUUCCUCAAACUGCAUGUCUAUAUUAUGAUAGUCAUGGUAGUGCAGGGCUUCAGUACAUUUUCUUUGUGUUUCGUCUCAUCAAGAAUUCCAUUUCUCAUAGCUGUAGGUUUCUUUUCCCUACUGCAAGGAUCUUUGUUUGUGAGACAUCCUGUGUUAGUCAUAAAAUAUGUGGAUAAAGAAAACCAUGCAGUUGCAAUGGGUUCCAUAGACUUUUUCUCCAGUUUCGUAGGAUUUUUGCUACCUGUAUACAUAGGUUUCUUCCGUGACACAAUAGGCUCAUAUAACUACAUCAUGUACAUCAAUGGAGCUGUGGGAAGUCUAUUAGGAUUUUUUUGGAUAAUGGAGCCUUACUUGAACAAAAAAAGUACGCCGGCAGAAACGAAUGAAGGAAAAGUUUGA